GAACGUGGAGUAAUUUUUUCCCACUGUUUCGUUUUGCGUGUGUUCUCGUAUUGAGCUGUCUGAGCGAAAUAUUAUGGCUAGUGUUUAUGAUGAAAAUAAUGAUGUGUCGGCGAUAUUGUUCGAUUUAGAUAAUACAUUAAUUCAAACGAGAAAGGGUGAUUCGAAAGCCUGCAAUAAGUUUUAUAAGACACAUGUUAAGUCUGUCACAUAUGCUAUGACUAUAUGAGAGAUAUUAGAACUUUAUUUGAAAAAUGGUACAGUAUUGGACUAUCAGCUUACAGCCACGCAGCUCUGCCAAGGAAACAGCUCGUGGAGAUCUUGCAGCAAGAAUAUGGACUCCCCCAAAAUAUGGCAGUGGAGAGCGCCUCAAACUUCCUACGGGCAUUCCGCGCCCGCCCUGACGAUGACUCCUACGCCCUGGAUGAGUGGCCAGCGCACUUGUGGCGCAAUUGCUUGCCGAAAAAUUACAGACAUAUCGCUAAAAAUAUAUCAGCCGAAUGGUUAAAGUUAAGGUUUCAGUAUUUGGCAUUGACAAAUGAUGUGAUACAUCUGUUGGAAACGCUUCGGGAGGAUUACCUUCUGGGUCUGAUCACGAACGGGCCUUCGCGGGCCCAGUGGCAGAAGAUUGACCGGCUGGGGCUGCGCAAGUACUUCGACUGCCUGCUGGUCUCCGGAGACCUGCCAUGGGAGAAGCCCGACCAGGAGAUCUUCCUGGAGGCCUGCAAGCUGCUCAACGUCGAGCCCCGCUCUUGCAUCAUGGUUGGCGAUAAGCUGGAGACUGAUAUUAAGGGUGGAAAAGAAGCUGAAUUUGCGGGUACUGUUUGGAUCCCGUUGCAGAAGGACAAGGAGACGUCAGAUCUGCCCGACUUCACAAUAGACACGGUGACCCUUCUACCGGAGGUGCUACCGAACUCGCCGCGACUGAAACGAGCCGCCCAUCCCGCCAACGAACCCUGAAAAAUGCUUUACUUCUUGGAAUAGUUUGAUACAAGUGAAAGUUAUCAAAUUAUAUUUUCAAAUCCUACUGCGUCAUUUUUAUCAAGCUAUUGUAUAUAUGUUAAAUGUCGGCAAAGCAUCACAAUGUACCUAUAUUUAUAAAAUCGAUUACGGCAGUGAUUUGACUUGUUUUAACUAUUAAUAUCGCUUCAAGUCGAUUUAUUUUGACGAAAUCUGUAUAUGUGUCACAGAUUUAUAUAUUACUCUAUGUAUGGUACAUAGGUGCGGAUAAAUAUUUUAUUUUCUCUUUACUCUCUGUGUAACUAAAUAUUGAUAAAAAUAUUUAAGAUGAACCAAAUAUCCAAUUUUUGAUAAGUUGAAAAUUGCUCAAGAUUAUGCCAACUGAAUUAUCAACUACAUUUUACGCAUGUUUAUGUAAUGCUUGCCUGCAUUUGUUUUUGUUACUUUCGGGACCUAGGAUCUGUUUAAACAGUAUUUAAAAGUACAAGGGUUUAUUAGUAUUUAAGUUACCAACAGAAGCUAUAUAUUUUUUAUUAUGUACAACAUUCACCCAAGAAUGUACAUAUUAAAUGCUAUUUGAUUGUUACUCUAGACUAUAUAGUGCUUCUACAUUUUGAGUGAUAAUGAAUUUGCUAAUUAUUUUUUUAUCUUAGUUCUUAUAGUAAUCAAUGUGGGGUCUCAAUGCAAUACGCGGGCUCCCAUAUAGUUAUUAGUAAAUUAGAAUUUGAAUCUCUUCAAAUAUCAAAAUUCAGGGGUUGGUAUCAAGAACAUUAAUAAUACCCGGCCUUCUACAAAUGGACGUGAUCAUUGGGUUGUCAAACGUUCAUUAGAUUUUUUAUUUUUUUUUAUUUAUGACUAUUGGUUAAUGGAAAUUGCACAAUUUAGAAUUUAGAUUGAACAGUGAAUAGUAAAUAUAAAUAUUCUGUAUGCUUUCAAAAACACUGGUAACUAACAUUUGUGAAUUCGUAGUAUCUUAUUUCGUGUCUAACAUUAUAAUUUCCAAUUGUCUAGUAAUUUAACAAUCUACUUGUAUUUAUUUUAAAGACUAGUUUCUAAUCUUAAAAUUCCCAAUUUUAAAUGUACUCAACUGUACAGUUAUAUGUUACCUUUUUAAAUAUUUUUUCGUAAAACUUCGUGUCAGUUUUACUGUUCCUAUCAAUAUAUUGUUAAAUAUUUAUUAUUGGUUGUAUCUUGUUAAGGCACCUUCUCAAGACUGUUUCAUGUGAUAUGUAGUUAAUUCAUCUUAACAUAAUUUUGGAAUAGUCGAAUUUAAUUACCUAGUUUAAGUAAAUACCGCUGAAUGCUAUAAAACAAAUAAUAAAUCUAAUACGAUACGCGAGUAUUAGGAAGUAAUAUUGAUUGCUUCCUUAUACUCGCGUAUCUUUAGAGCUAUACGAAUGAACGUCAUUCCAGGUCACAAAUUAAAAUCUUAUCUGUACAUAAAUAAAAAAGGAGAUUUUAUUAAUAUAGAUAGUAAGCUAUAUUUUUCUUGUGAAGAUGUAAUAUUUUUGUAGGUUGACCCAUAAUAAUAGCUGAAUGGACUCAAAUAAUAUCUUGUUUAGAGUAUUAUUUGAAUUAGAACAAAUUAAUACUAUAACAAGUACAUACACAUGCUGGCUAGUAAGUAGACUUCCAGUGUUUCCUGUCUAAGCCUUUGGGUGUUCUAUUAAUAAUUAGGUACCUUAGUUUUGUGUAGUAUAGAUAGGUAUAAGCCUCAUUUUAGUAGAAUAGGAUUCUGCCAACAUAAUUUUUGUAACAUAGUUACAAGUAAGAUCUAACCAACAAGUCUUCGUUUUUGCUUGAAAAUAGGUGAAAAUUGUUACCAUUUCGAGAAUCAAACCGUGCCAUUUGAACUGCUGCUUUAGUACUAUGCACUCCACAUUGUAAAGAAAUAAAUAAAGAUUAUUAUAUUUUGGGAA